AUGGAACUGCGUGGUGGAAUGCGCCAGGAAGCCAUCGAGAAAGGAAUAGAUGUUGGCCAAGUUUCAGCAAGCUAUAGUGGGACUACAGACAGUGACAUCCUUAAAGACAGCGAUUAUACUUUCUAUGCCUGUAGUGCAUACAGAAUUUCUGGCUCCACACGUUACAACUUCGAAGGGACAGGAACAGGUUUACGGCAGUUGGCAGUUGGCAAGGGAGUGAAAGCAGGUGGUGGUUGUCCUGCAAUCAGCCACCCUGAGGGUGGGCCUUGCAUUCUGUGCUUUAACAAGUCCUCCAGUUCGACUAUAGUUCUCAUCACCAUCUGCCUGACCCCAGAGACUGGACCCACAGAAAACAUCGGACUUCCUAAGAAACUGCUUGAUAAAAAUGACCCUUGGCCAGCUUAUGUCACCUAUAUCUCCCCAGUGGUAAAAAGACUCAUUGAGAAAAGCAAAACUAGAGAAUUGGAAUACAGGCAGACUUUCGAGGAAAGUCAACGGGCAUCACGGCUGAACAAGCCUUCCAGCACACUCCAGAUGGGAGGGAGAAUAAAGUCCUUCAAGUCCUCUGAAGAAGCUGUGUUCAAGGAUAUGCUAUCAGAGACUAUGUUAUCAAUGUUGGCAACUUACUCUUUUUUGGAUUCUCCUGUUGCCCCAGAACCCACGUAUUUACAAAAGGAUUCCAGAGAAUGUCCCAUCGCAAACUAUAACAAGAUCAUUUUCCCCUGCAAACCUAUGAUGAAGAUGCUUCCAUACAGCUCGCUACCGGCCAGCAAGGAGAAAUAG